UGGGAGGUCCCUGACAGGAUGGCACAUGCUGCAUCAGUGAAUUCAGCUUCAGGGAAGAUCCAUCCUGGCUGAGCUGGUUACUGGAAACCACACUGACCCUUUGGCUGGGGGCAGAUCCACCGCACGGAGCUUGUGUUUGCUUUUCUCAGCUCCACUCCCUGCACCAGGUUGCCUGUAGCCUAUUUAAAGCAGGGCGGCAGGAAGACCACAGGCUCAUCCUUCUCCCGGUUAGGAAUCUGCUGGCGAGAGACGUGGGACCUACAGAGCCGCUGUCAAGUCCAUCAUGACGCAACUCCCCCUCCUGCUGCUGCUCCUCUCCAUGGCCUCAACCGCCCACCUGUGCAAUGGCAACCAGGGCACCGUGGGGCUGAAGCUUGCCAUCCUCAACCUGCUGAACAAGUGGAAGGACACAUCCUCCUGCCCAAACAACCAGAGUGACCCACAUGGCUGGAGCCUGGCCCGCAACUGCGGGGAAAUCAAAGCCAGCCAGCCUGAUGUUGAAGACGGGCUGUACACCCUGAGCACUGAGGAUGGCGAGAUCUACCAGACCUUCUGUGACAUGACCACAUGCGGCGGCGGCUGGACCCUGGUGGCCAGCGUGCAUGAGAACAACGCCCGUGGGAAGUGCACUGUGGGUGACCGCUGGUCCAGCCAGCAGGGGAGCAGCCCCCUCUACCCGGAGGGGGACGGGAACUGGGCCAACAACAACACCUUCGGCUCCGCCGUGGGCUCCACCAGCGACGACUACAAGAACCCUGGCUAUUACGAUCUCCAAGCUCGGGACCUGUCCGUGUGGCACGUCCCCAACAAGACACCAAUGAAAGAUUGGAGGGACAUGGCCAUCCUGAGGUACCAUACUCGGAAUGGCUUCCUGUCAUCUGAAGGUGGAAACUUGCUCCGGCUCUACGAGAAAUACCCAGUGAAAUACGGUGCUGGUAUCUGCCCUAUGAAUAAUGGCCCAGCCGUGCCUGUUGUCUAUGACUUCGGCAGCCCUGGGCAAACCGCUGCCUACUACUCCCCGAAUGGCCGAGCUGAAUUCAUCGCUGGCUUCGUCCAGUUCCGUGUGUUCAAUAAUGAGAAGGCGGCCAUGGCCCUGUGUUCAGGGACGAAAGUCACUGGCUGUAACACCGAGCACCACUGCAUAGGCGGUGGAGGUUUCUUCCCAGAAGGCAACCCGAGGCAGUGUGGCGACUUCCCCGCCUUCGACUGGGAUGGCUAUGGAACCCAUCAGAGCUGGAGCACGUCCCGGGAGAUGAUCGAGUCUUCUGUGCUGCUGUUCUACCGCUAAGUCCAGGCAGGCUGGCAUUCCCGGUGAAACACCACCGCUGCCAGCCCGAGCUGCUCACCAGAAUGAAAAUCUGCCCUUUUCUCAGCUCUUGGGGAUGCAAAUCAAGAGCAAAUAAAGAGCUGACUGCCACUCUGCAAUCAAAACAG